CCAUCUCCUUAGGUUUAUCUGACGGUCUGGCCGCUCGUGUUGACCAUCUUUCUUCUUCUUUUUCUCGUUCGAACAUUAAGCCUGUGGCAGUUCAACCUUUAGCCUCAAAAUCUAUUCUAUAAACCUUCCAGUUUCAACUACCAACGAAUACCGACACCAUGUCUCGUGGCAACCAGCGUGAUCUGGCUCGUGCAAAGAACCAGGCGAAACUUAGCGGCAUGAAGAAGGGAAACCAAGAUAGCGGUGUUGAGAUGCAGAAAAAGAAGGAAUCUGACGCCGAGAAAAUGCGACGAAAGCAGGCAGCUUGUAUGUCCAACAAUUUAUACCCCUACGAUCGACUGCCGAAUACAACCACGAACCAACACAGCGUCGCUUUUGGAACAAGAGAAUGUUGACAAAUCUCACAGCUGAUGCUCGCAAGGCUGCUGCAGGCACCGUAGGCAAGAAAUAAAAGCUGCGACGAGCUCUGUUCGAAUACUGCCAGCCUCGGCCCUCUUUGCCCCCCUUCAGAAAAACAUUGUUGAAUUGCAAUGCAAGUCGCGAUAAGAGAUGGAACCGGGGGCCAAAGGAGACCCCAGAGUAUUCGGAACCAGAUUGCCUUAUGCAGCAGCAGCGACGAAACGAAACGACAUUUGGGAAGCACAGGCGAAGCGGUGCAAUAAUAUGGGUUGUCUUUGAAAGGAUUGUAUUAGCCUUCCGCUCCUUUUAUCAAUAUAUUUUGUUAUGAUGUUUGUCCGUGACGGUUAAACAAGCAGCGUCAUUCUACCUUACGUAUCCUUGUUCUUAUUUAUGGUUUGAACUGACAUACGUAGUUAACGAUGUAUCACGAG